AUCAAGCAUAUCUAUCACGUGAUCUGGACUGAGGAUGGACGAAGACGAGGAACGGCCAACGAAAGAAAGCAAUCCUUUUUCAUUUAAAGCUUUUGUUAAGAAAAAAGGUAACGAGGAUGCCGAUGUUUUUUCUGUGGGACAGAAGAGCUCAAGCUCUAGAGGUAACAGCAGGCGUUCAUCAAGUGCUGUGGCUGCAAGUUCGAACCUCGAAACAGCAAAUACACCUUUUCCUGAGGUUGAAACUGAAGCACCACCACUGAAGGGGAAAAAGGAAAACAAUCCAUUUUCUUUCUCUUCUUUUGUCAAACGUGAGAGCAAGAUGAAUCAUGUGCAAAGUCAACAGGCUAAAUCGCAGAAUCAAAAAGGUAUAUUUGAUUCAACAUCUGAAAGUGACACUGAAGAAUCCAGACCAUCAUUGCUUCACAUUCCAGUUGGUCACCAAAAUCCACUUGUGACUAAACAGCAAGAAGGACCACGUAGAGAUAGUGAUAGCUUUGGCAGUGAUGAGGAGGACAUACAUAGCACUGACAGACAAACGUUCUUGACUCUGAACGGAAUGGAAUUGCAGCUUGGAUUGGAGAAUGAAUCAGAGAUGGCCGAAGUAAAAAAGCUGAGAGCAGAGAAUACAGAACUGUCUCAGCAAAUUGAAAAGUUGAAGGAGCAGCUUGCCAGAGAGAAACAGAGGUCAGCAAAAUUGUCGAAAAGAGUUGAAACACUACAGAAAAAAGAAGCUGAGGAAACUGCAGCGCUAGAAAACAUGGUACAGAUGGUUGAGAAGAACCUUCAGCUCACUACAAAACGAGCUGUUGCGGCUGAGUCUGAAGUAGCUCGUCUUCAAAAUGACUUAUUGUCAGUGACAGCACAGUUAACAGAAAGUGGCAGACAAAAAAUCGAGGAAACGUUUAAAGCACAGUUUGCUUUAAUUGAAGACCAGUCUCAAGUUGCAGCAGAGAAGAUGGUUGGUGCUGCAACAAAGGCUGAAGCAUCACUAAGGGAAAUUUUCACAAACGUCGAAGACUUGAAAUUGGCAUCUAACCUUAUGUAUUCUGUUGCUCGUGCUGCCAGGAUUUCUCAAUGUCGGCCAGGGAAUCUGGAUGAAUCAAGCUAAUUAGAUUAAAAAUUGAAAAAACGGUAGUUCCUAUAAAUAGUAUUUUCUCAUACCGUGACAUUAGAGGAAUUAUUGAUGAAGAUGAAGUAAUAUUCAUAAUUUAUGAGGCAGGAACCU